GUUGGUUCGCGAUGCGUCUCGCGCCAAACCAACACUUCUCUUCUUGAGUGUUAUCUCUUUCUCUUCUUGUUUCUGUGCUCGUCACAUUCUUUUCUAUCGUUGAAUUUCUAUAUUCGUUUCUUGUAUAUACAGGUUAUAUCUUCUUUUUCUCUUCUGCUGUCGUUAUCGUGUUGAUCAUGCAUUUCUCGACCUUUCUUUCUCUUACUUUAUUACCGGCAGCUUUUGCCAAGGUGCAGUUUCUGGGAGUAGCUAUAGCUGGAGGCGACUUUGGGUGUCAAAUUGAUGGGACGUGUCCUCCGGAAUCCGCACAGCUACCUUUAAAUGAUGGACCGAACCAAAUGAACCAUUUCGUGAAAGAAGAUGGAGUAAAUCUGUUGAGGAUACCAACAUCAUGGCAAUUUCUUGUAAAUGGUCAACUCGGUAGCGAUCUCGAUGCCUCGAAGCUUUCACAGUAUGAUCAACUAGUGCAAUCAUGUCUCGAUACCGGCGCCUAUUGCAUGAUAGAUAUUCACAACUUUGCGAGAUGGAAUGGGCAGAUUAUCGGUCAAGGCGGUCCAACGGACGAACAAUUCGCCAGCUUCUGGGGUCAGUUAGCAGGGAACUAUGCCACCAGCGACAAGAUAAUAUUCGAGCUUAUGAACGAACCUCACGACCUUGACGUAGGAAUCUGGGCCCAGACUUGUCAGAAGGCCGUUACGGCCAUCCGCGAAGCGGGAGCUACAUCGCAAAUGAUAUUACUCCCCGGUACGAAUUUCGAUAGCGCGGCGACGCUAGUAUCAAGUGGAAGCGCAGAUGCGCUUCUUGCUAUCACCAACCCGGAUGGAAGCACGGAUAACCUCCUUCUAGAUAUUCACAAGUAUCUCGACGAGGAUAAUUCCGGCACCCAUGCUGCGUGUACCACCGACAACGUGGACGCCUUUACGACGGUGGCGGAGUAUCUGCGAACCAAGGGACGGAAAGGUUUCAUCAGCGAAACUGGCGCUUCGAGUGAUGCUUCCUGUAUACCAGCAUUCUGCGCUCAAAACACUUUCAUCAACACCAAUUCCGACGUAUUCACAGGCCUAGUAGCCUGGGGCGCCGGCAGCUUCAGCACAUCAUACGUACUAAGUCUAACACCAACGAACCAAAACGGCCGUCUCGUCGACAGCACGCUCAUGACACAAUGCGUCCUCGCGACCUGGAACAACGCACACAGCAACAACGGCACCAUCCCCACGCCGACAUUAUCCUCGACCAGGCCAACCGCGACGAGUUCUAAGGCCACGUCAACAAUAAUCACACGAGCCUCGACGUUCAUCUCAGCGACUUCGUUACCCACACCCCCGGCGUCGCUGACCGUGUCGCGUGGCCCAGCGAUAUCCCAUAUCCCAAGCAACGACAAUAGCUCCAGCUCAGCUGCUCCAGGGUCAACCAUCAACACCUCGGACGUACUCAUUCUCACGGACGUGUUGCCUGCGAGCACCAUGACGACGCUCGCCAUCGCCACGGGCACCCCGCCCUCGCGCUCCGGAUUCGGCGGCCUGCUCACCGCGCAGUCCGUGCCAUUGCUGGCCACACCGACGGGGGCGUCGACGUCCGCGUCUGCUUCCUCGACGCCAGCUGCGGCGGAGGGCGGUGCUGGAUCGAUUGCGGUGGGCGCACUUACUUUAUGGAGUGCUGUGUUUGUAGCCGUUGCUUCACUUGUUUAGCGAAAGAGCAAAUUGACUUUUAGACCGGAUACCCGAGAGCGUUUUGCCAGCAUUAUCAUUCUUCUGCAUGCACUUUUCUUGCCAGUAUCCAAGCUCCGAAGUAUCUGUAUAUAGUGAUCCUCAGCAGUGUAGAUAGUGAAUGUGUUUUGUCUCGAAAGUCUCUAUGUAUAUUUAACUGUAUCACUCUCAUGUCAAUUACUUAUCCCCGGUGUAUUAGGCAAAGGCUGUUAGGCUUCAAGUCUG